CCCGGCUACUCCAACCCCUGGGCGGGCGGGGGUACCGCCUGGGCAAGGGCCGGGGCGCCGGGCCGAGCCACCUCUCCCCCUCCCCCGCUUCCCUGUCGUGCUCCGCUGGCUGGACGCGCUGGAAGAGUGGAGCAGCAUCCGGCAGGCCCUGGGGGCUGACAGUCGGCAAAGUUUGGCCCGAAGAGGAAGUGGUCUUAAACCCCGGCAGGUGGCGACGAGGCCAGGCCAGGGGCGCUCGCGGCCUGCGGGCGGGCUGUAGGCGAGGUCGCGCCCCAGUGCCGAGACCCAGGACUUCGGGAGCCGGCCCCGGGAGAGAGAGUGCGGCGGCGGCCGGAGAAAACAACUCCAAAGUUGGCGAAAGGCACCGCCCCUACUCCCGGGCUGCCGCCGCCUCCCCGCCCCCAGCCCUGGCAUCCAGAGCACGGGUCGAGCCCGGGCCAUGGAGCCCCCUUGGGGAGGCGGCACCGGGGAGCCUGGGCGCCCGGGGCUCCGCCGCGACCCCAUCGGGUAGACCACAGAAGCUGCGGGACGCUUCCGGCACCUCUGGACAGCCCAGGAUGCUGUCGGCCACCCUCCUCCUCCUCCUCCUUGGGGGCGCUCUGGCCCAUCCAGACCGGAUUAUUUUUCCAAAUCAUGCUUGUGAGGACCCCCCAGCAGUGCUCUUAGAAGUGCAGGGCACCUUACAGAGGCCCCUGGUCCGGGACAGCCGCACCUCCCCCGCCAACUGCACCUGGCUCAUCCUGGGCAGCAAGGAACAGACUGUCACCAUCAGGUUCCAGAAGCUACACCUGGCCUGUGGCUCAGAGCACUUAACCCUACACUCCCCUCUCCAGCCACUGAUCUCCCUGUGUGAGGCACCUCCCAGCCCUCUGCAGCUGCCCGGGGGCAACGUCACCAUCACUUACAGCUAUGCUGGGGCCAGAGCACCCAUCGGCCAGGGCUUCCUGCUCUCCUACAGCCAAGAUUGGCUGAUGUGCCUGCAGGAAGAGUUUCAGUGCCUGAACCACCGCUGUGUAUCUGCUGUCCAGCGCUGUGAUGGGAUUGAUGCCUGUGGCGAUGGCUCUGAUGAAGCAGGUUGCAGCUCAGACCUCUUCCCUGGCCUGACCCCAAGACCCGUCCCCUCCCUGCCUUGCAAUCUCACCUUGGAGGACUUCUAUGGGGUCUUCUCCUCCCCUGGAUAUACACACCUUGCCUCAGUCUCCCACCCCCAGUCCUGCCAUUGGCUGCUGGACCCCCAUGAUGGCCGGCGGCUGGCCGUGCGCUUCACAGCCCUGGACUUGGGCUUUGGAGAUGCAGUGCAUGUGUAUGAUGGCCCUGGGCCCCCUGAGAGCUCCCGACUACUGCGUAGUCUCACCCACUUCAGCAAUGGCAAGGCUGUCACUGUGGAGACACUGUCUGGCCAGGCUGUUGUGUCCUACCACACAGUUGCUUGGAGCAAUGGUCGUGGCUUCAAUGCCACCUACCAUGUGCGGGGCUACUGCUUGCCUUGGGACAGACCCUGUGGCUUAGGCUCUGGCCUGGGGGCUGGCGAAGGCCUAGGUGAGCGCUGCUACAGUGAGGCACAGCGCUGUGAUGGCUCAUGGGACUGUGCUGACGGCACAGAUGAGGAAGACUGCCCAGGCUGCCCACCCGGACACUUCCCUUGCGGGGCUGCUGGCACCUCUGGUGCCACAGCCUGCUACCUGCCUGCUGACCGCUGCAACUACCAGACUUUCUGUGCUGACGGAGCAGACGAGAGACGCUGUCGGCAUUGCCAGCCUGGCAAUUUCCGAUGCCGGGACGAGAAGUGCGUGUAUGAGACAUGGGUAUGCGAUGGGCAGCCAGACUGUGCGGACGGCAGUGAUGAGUGGGACUGCUCCUAUGUUCUGCCCCGCAAGGUCAUUACAGCUGCAGUCAUUGGCAGCCUAGUGUGCGGCCUGCUCCUGGUCAUCGCCCUGGGCUGCACCUGCAAGCUCUAUGCCAUUCGCACCCAGGAGUACAGCAUUUUUGCCCCCCUCUCCCGGAUGGAGGCUGAGAUUGUGCAGCAGCAGGCACCCCCUUCCUACGGGCAGCUCAUUGCCCAGGGUGCCAUCCCACCUGUAGAAGACUUUCCUACAGAGAAUCCUAAUGAUAACUCAGUGCUGGGCAACCUGCGUUCUCUGCUACAGAUCUUACGCCAGGAUAUGAGUCCAGGAGGUGGCCCAGGUGCCCGCCGUCGUCAGCGGGGCCGCUUGAUGCGACGCCUGUGAGCGAGAGCCUGAGGAAGUAGCAGAGAGGGGUGUGGGCCCGUGUGCAGUUCUGGGACCCUGGCACCUUGGCUCAGGGAAGACCCAAGCUCCUUUUACUGCAGACCCUCUCCAGAAACUGGGGAGAGAGCUCUGGAGAACCUGGUUCUUGCUUACUGUUCUCCCUUUGGGCCCUCCUUCCCAAAUGCAAACAAUCCUGGGUCCACUCAGCGUCAGGCCCAAUGGAAAUAGUGAAGCAGUGAUUUUCCCUCCCCUGCCUCUCCAUAGCCUGGUCUUUGCCCUCUCCUUUGCUCUUCUCUUCCCCCAUAGCCACCUCAAAUACCGGCAGCCUGAUAUCUUCAUCCCUUCAUCCAGACCUUUUCUCUCCUAGUGGUAUUGCAAACUGAAAGUGGACAAAGACUUAAAGUAAAACUGCUCCUCAUGGUGGAAUGCUUCCAAACGCUGGAAGGAGGACUUUAGGGCAGAGUUCACUAAGGAGGCCUGUGCUUAUAGAUCAGUGGGCCUGAAAGAAGUUUCUCUAGGUUCUGGUUGUGUGCUGUAUGAGGUGUAGGCAGUAAUAAUACUCUUGUCAGCCACAGUGAAGCCCCAAGCUAGCCGGGAUAGGGGACUGACGUUGUACAGGCAGCAUGGAGAAACUAAGACAGUGUCCUGCUCAAGUGAUGACACUGGGGAGCAGUCACUCAGGUUAAUUUCCACCAGGGCCCAAGAAAAAAAGAAAUGAGGCAACCUAAAAUUCCAUCAAGAUAGAUACCAAUAUCCAAGGUGUUUGGUCUUAGGGGUGUGGGACCCACGUCAAGGCUCUUGGUGGGAAGGUGGGAGGUGUUUUCAGCAUGAGAUAGGGCUCAGGCUGUGAAUCAGAGUCUAGAGUCUAAGAUAAAAGAAGAUACCAGGGCCAGGCGUGGUGGCUUACGCCUGUAAUCCUAGCACUUUGGGAGGCCAAGGCAGGCAGAUUGCCUGAGCUCAGGAGUUCGAGACUAGCCUGGGCAACACGGUGAAACCCUGUCUCUACUAAAAUACAAAAAAGUAGCCGGGUGUGGUGGCAUGCACCUGUAGUCCCAGCUACUCGGGAGGCUGAGGCAGGAGAAUUGCUUGAACCUGGGAGGCAGAAGUUGCAGUGAGUGGAGAUCGCGCCACUGCACUCUAGCCUGGGUGACAGAGCGAGACUCCUCCAAAAAAAAAGAAAAGAAAAUACCAGAACUCAGUCCUUAAGAAACAAAAUUCUGCCAGGCGCAGUAGCUCACGCCUGUAAUCCCAGCACUUUGGAGGGGCCAAGGCAGGCGGAUCCCUUGAGGCCAAGAGUUCAAGAACAGCCUGGGCAACAUGAUGAAACCCUGUGUCUACCAAAAAUACUAAAAACUAGCCAGUCUCAUAACCUGGUCUCAAAAUAAAUAAAUAGAUUAAAAAAAAAAAAAAAAACAUGGGCCUGAACCAAGCUCCAGGCCUCAUUAGGAGGAGAGAAGGACCCCCCAGCCACACAGCCCAAGGCUGCAGAAGCACCCAGGUGGUUAGAGAGUGAGUGCCUGGAUGGGGUGCGGUGGCUCAUGCCUGUAAUCCCAGCACUUUGGGAGGCUGAGGCAGGCGGAUCACGAGGUCAAAAGAUCAAGACCAUCCUGGCCAACAUGGUGACACCGUGUCUCUACUAAAAAUACAAAAAUAAGCUGGGCAUAGUGGUGCAUGCCUGUAGUCCCAUCUACUCGGGAGGCUGAAGCAGAAGAAUCACUUAAACCUGGGAGGCAAAGGUUGUAGUGAGCUGAGAUCGCGCCACUGCACUCCAGCCUGGCAACAGAGCAAGACUCCGUCUCAAAAAAAAGAAAGUGAGUGCCUGAUGAUGCCAGAUUCUUCAUCACCUGAAGUGAACCCGCACAACAGAGCUGGGCCAUGGGCAUCAUAGACCCCAUUUUGCAAGCUCAGGAGGAGCUUCAGGGAAAUCAGAAGACUGGCCCAGUCUCUACCAAGUGGUGGAUUUAGACCUGGCAUGGCUCCAUUCCGAAUCUCACCCUUGUCCCACCAUUCCACGGGACCUCCCAUUCCUGAGGGAGCCUAGAUACGGGCAAGUGCACAACCUAGGAGGUUGAGGUUACAGUGAGCCAUGAUCGCACCACUGCAGUCCAGCCUGAGCAAUAGGGUGAGACCCUCUCUCUGAAAAAAAUAAAAAUACUCAUUUUGGAAGGAAGUCAUUCUAAAAUGUUACACUUGUCUUCAGCAUAUCUGCAAUAUAAUAAUUUUCUGCAUAACUGAUCAUUCACAGAAACCAAUGGCUUUUCUCCAGCAGUGUCUUCUGAAGUUGUAACAGUAGGGGCACGGGGAGCUAUUUGCUUUUAUGCUAAAUGACCUUAGACCACUUAUAAAAUGCAUAUGAGUGCUUUAAAUGUUAUUUUGUGUGUGUGUGGUGUUGCCUCCCUGACUAAAGGGGUCACUUGCUACUCUAAAUGUGUUUCUAAUCUACUAGUACAGGAACACACAUGGACACAUUAAAAUUGUGAAUAAAAGUAAGUAAAAAGUAAAA